AUGAACGGGGACAACUACUCCUCGAGAGGUGCCUUUACCCCGUAUACGGGCCGCUCUCGGGAGCAUCAUGGUACACGGUACGAACGAGAUGAUCGCAGAGAUCGCGACCGGGACCGGAAUCGAGAUCGUGGCGAGCGGAGACGUUCAAGGUCUCCCCAUCACCGCUCAUCGCGGCGCGACUACGAAGCAGAUACUUAUUCCUCGAGUCGAGACUACCGGGCGCGCGAAAGGGAAGACAGACACGGCUCGAGGCGAGACGACCGGGAUUGGGACAGGGACAGAGGCCCGCGCCGCCGCGACGAUGACAGGCCACCCCGGAGAGACCGCGACCUGUUUGAUGAUCGCAGGGGAGGAGGCAACCGUGAUCGCGAUCGCACCGGACGAGAAGACCGAGAUGAAUUCGCUGCUCAAGCCCGCGGCCGUAAGAACAGUCCUCCCCCAAAGAAAAGGGAGCCCACUCCCGACCUUACGGAUAUCGUCCCGAUAUUGGAGCGCAAGAGGAGAAUGACGCAGUGGGACAUCAAACCACCUGGCUACGAAAAUGUCACCGCCGAGCAAGCAAAGAUGUCCGGCAUGUUUCCCCUACCCGGUGCCCCUCGACAGCAGCAGAUGGACCCAACGCGGUUACAAGCCUUUAUGAACCAACCCUCGGGCGGCGCAAACUCCACGGCAUUGAGACCUUCUAAUGCGCGCCAGUCACGGCGAUUGUUCGUCCACAACCUUCCCGCAUCGGUCACUGAGGAGAGCCUGGUGGCCUUCUUCAACCUUCAACUCAAUGGUCUGAACGUCAUAAAGGGCAAUGAUCCAUGCAUACAAGCAAAUAUUGCUGAAGACAGGACUUUUGCGCUCGUCGAGUUUAAGCAGGCCUCUGACGCCACAGUGGCGUUGGCUAUGGACGGCAUCACAAUGGAAGAACAUCAUUCCGAGCUGAACGGCAACGGGACUGCCACUCCCAAAGGGCUGGAAAUUCGACGACCCAAGGACUACAUCGUUCCGUCUGCGGAUGAGGGUGCAUACACUGAUGGCGAGAUAUCAACCGAGGUUCCAGACACUGCAAAUAAACUGGCCAUCACCAAUCUCCCGCCGUUUUUGACGGAUGAUCAAGUCAUUGAGUUGCUGAAAGCCUUUGGAGAACUCAAAGCGUUCGUUCUAGUGCGGGACAGUGAUGCACAGGAAUCAAGGGGCAUCGCUUUCUGUGAAUAUGUCGAUCCAUCCGUCGCCGGCGUGGCGAUCGAGGGUCUCAAUGGUAUGGACCUAGCGGGUAACGCUAUCAAAGUCACCCGCGCCAGCAUUGGAUACACACAGGCUGCUGGGUUGGAAAUGGGCGUCAACGCCAUGUCCAUGUUCGCCGGUACUACCGCUGAAAAUCUGGAGGACGGGCGAGUCCUACAACUGUUGAACAUGGUGACACCCGAGGAACUUAUCGACAAUGAUGAUUAUGAAGAGAUCUGCGAAGACGUGAUGGAAGAAUGCCAAAAGUACGGCAAGAUCCUGGCCAUGAAAAUCCCGCGACCGUCGAUGGGAAGUCGCCAGUCGGCUGGCGUGGGCAAGAUCUUCAUCAAGUAUGAGGAACCGGAAUCUGCGAAGAAGGCGUUGCAAGCACUUGCCGGACGCAAAUUUGCCGACCGGACGGUUUUGACUACGUAUUUCGAUGAGGCGAGUUUCGAUGUGAACGCCUGGUGA